UUCAUCGUAGUCACUCCAUGGAUUCCUUUGGGCAACCCAGACCAAAAGAUAACCAGUCAGUAGUCAGCAGAAUGCAAAAGAAAUACUGGAAGACCAAACAGGUCUUUAUCAAAGCAACAGGAAAAAAAGAGGAUGAGCAUGUGAUGGCAUCUGAUGCUGAACUGGAUGCUAAACUUGAGGUUUUUCACUCCAUUCAAGAGACAUGCACUGAACUUCUGAAGAUAGUCGAGAAAUAUCAGCUAAGACUCAACGUUAUGUCAGAGGAAGAAAAUGAACUAGGGCUCUUUUUAAAGUUUCAAGCAGAACGGGAUGUAAGUCAAGCUGGCAAAAUGAUGGAUGCCACUGGCAAGGCACUCUGUUCUUCAGCCAAGCAAAGAUUGGCCCUGUGUACUCCCCUGUCUCGUCUUAAGCAAGAAGUAGCAACAUUCAGUCAAAGGGCGGUAUCUGACACCUUGAUUACGAUUAAUAGGAUGGAGCAGGCACGCACAGAGUACAGAGGGGCUCUGCUGUGGAUGAAAGAUGCAUCCCAGGAACUGGACCCAGACACCUCAGAACAGAUGGAAAAGUUCAGAAAAGUAUGAAGAUGUAUCUUCUUCCUUCUCUUCACGCAUAAAAUAUGGAGCUACCACAGAGUAAUCAAGAUAAUGUCAGGCUAUUUUUGAGAAGUGUAU